AGCUCGUGGAAUUGAUGGGGACUUAAUUUCAUUGUGGCAGCUCUGUGUCGUAAAUAUUUAUUUUGUCAGUAAAAUGUUUGCUUUUAAAAACAGAAUAUACAAGGUUGUGAAAUGUGGAAAAUAUUGCCAAAGCAGAAAUUUUAGAGUGGGAAAUUCAUCUUUGGGCAGUGUUAACCUGCAGGGCCGCAGCUUUCUAACAUUGAAGGACUUUAAUGCACAGGAAAUUAAACAUAUCCUGUGGGUAUCCGCUGACCUGAAACAUCGAAUAAAGCACAGGGGAGAGUAUCUCCAGUUACUUCAAGGCAAAUCUAUUGCCAUGAUAUUUGAGAAGAGGAGCACUAGGACCCGCAUUUCUACUGAAACAGGGUUCUCUUUGUUGGGUGGCCAUCCAUGUUUUCUCACACCCCAGGAUAUUCAUCUGGGGGUCAAUGAGAGCACCACUGACACAGCCAGGGUGCUUUCUGGUUUGGUAGAUAUUGUGUUAGCUCGGGUGUAUAGUCACUCAACUCUGGAGCAACUGGAUAAAGACGCUUCUAUACCAAUCAUCAAUGGCCUGUCUGCACUCUACCACCCCAUACAGAUUCUGGCUGACCUACUCACACUGCAGGAGCACUAUGGUUCAUUAAAAGGCCUCACUGUGGCUUGGAUAGGUGAUGGAAACAACGUUCUUCACUCCCUCAUGAUGACAUUGGCCAAACUAGGUGUCAAUCUAAAAGUGGCCACACCCAAGGGUUAUGAGCCAGAUACUAAUGUCACUCAAGAGGCUCAGCGUCUUUCUAAACAGUUUGGUACCGAGUUGCAAUUCCUCCCUGAUCCACUGGAGGCAGCACGGGGCAGUAGUGUGCUAGUUACUGACACCUGGGUGAGCAUGGGCCAAGAGGAGGACAAGAAGAAGAGGCUUAAGGAUUUCCAUGGUUACCAGAUCACGAUGCAGACAGGAAGUGUGGCUGUACCAGAUUGGACCUUUCUGCACUGUCUUCCACGUAAAGCAGAGGAAGUGGACGAUGAGGUUUUCUACUCAGCUCGUUCCCUUGUGUUCACUGAGGCUGAGAACCGCAAGUGGACCAUCAUGGGUUUGAUGGUGUGCAUCCUGACGGACUAUUGGCCACAAAUUCCUAAACUCAAGUUUUGAAAUAUCAUGAGAAAACAAACAAAACUAUGUUGCCAAAACAACAGAACAUAAAAGCAGAUACAUCUAAAUUGAAUCUAUACAUUUGCUUCCUGUAUCAUAAAAUGAGUAAAUCUCAUAUACCUUGACAUCAUUUGUCAUAAUUCUUUCUUCAGUAUUCCUUUGCCAGUGUCUUCUGUCAAAAAAUCUGAAUAUAUUUUAUGAAUUGAAUGUGUGAAAAAUCAUUUUCACAACAUGCAUUUCAUUAUUCAAACAUUUAGGUGCAAGUCCACAAGUAGUCCAAUCCUGUAUAUGACCUAUAGAGGGUGCUAUGAAAUUGUAAACAUAUUUUACAGUAUUUUAAGUACAAGGCAUUGGAAGUACACAGUUUUUCAGAUUAGAAAUGGGUCACAAAAUGCAUGUGGUACACUCAAAGAUCAAAUUCUUUUUCAUGACAAUAAAAU